GAAGCGCAGCAGCUGAAAGAGUCGGACGUGUCGCCAGGUCAGCCAUGUCAUCUGAGCCUCCUCCUCCGCCACUGCAGCCCCCCACGCAUCAGACUUCUGUAGGGCUAUUGGAUACCCCUCGCACCCGGGAUCGCUCUCCAUCCCCUCUGCGGGGCAAUGUGGUCCCUAGCCCUCUGCCUACCCGACGGACAAGGACCUUCUCAGCGACGGUGCGGGCUUCGCAGGGCCCUGUCUACAAAGGAGUCUGUAAAUGCUUCUGCCGGUCCAAGGGCCACGGCUUCAUCACCCCAGCUGAUGGUGGUCCUGACAUCUUCCUGCACAUCUCUGAUGUGGAAGGGGAGUAUGUUCCGGUGGAAGGUGACGAAGUCACCUAUAAGAUGUGCUCUAUCCCGCCCAAGAACGAGAAGCUGCAGGCUGUAGAGGUGGUCAUCACCCACCUGGCGCCAGGGACCAAGCAUGAGACCUGGUCUGGGCACGUCAUCAGCAACUAGGGACCUGCAAGAACCCCUUCUCCUGGGCUUGAGGGAGACUUUGGGGGAAAGAAGAGCAGGGCCAUCCUGGAUAUAACAUUCUACCAUACAAGAUGGGGGCCUCAAGGCGGGCAUGGCCCCUUUCAAGCAUUUCCUGGAGGGAAGGAGCUGCGGGCAAGCAAGGGGUGCUCUCAGCCACCAGUGCAGCCUCCAGCCAUUGCAACAAGCUCUCACUGUCUGAAAAGCAUUAAAAGCAUUUGAAAAGGAGAGGCACCUGCAGAGGCUGAGUGGCGAGGGUGCAGUCCCAGCCCAAGGCACCCGAGUAGGCCAAACGUGCUAUUUUCCCAAAUGCCCCUUCAGAUCAACUCUGUAAGGACUAUUCCUCAAACUAGAAACAGAAGUCCUCAGAUCUCUUUGGCCCCCUGAGGGAUGUUACCAGCCCUAAGAAGACUUUCCAUGACCCGAUGCUCUACCUUGGGAUCAGGUGAUCCGGCCCCAGCCCGGCUGGUGGGGGGAGCUUUCCAGGGGACUUUGCCUCUUGGUGCCUUUGCAGCAGGUGUGUCUCCACCUUCUGGGCAAGACUCUAAUGCUUAGGAUCUCUGCCGAAGCACAGUAACCUGGGACUAGGCACUGACACCACUCCGGAGAAGGCUGGGCUUUCCCACUUGGCCUCUAGGGAUCAGGCGGCCUCCAUGUGGCAUUAAAAGCCUAUCAUUAAAGUAGUGCUGGAGGUGGCAGUGGGGGUGGGCAAGAGACCUCAGCAGGAAGGCCUAAGAGGGGAGGGUGGUGCUUUAUUUAAAAACAGAAUCCAGGCUAGUGGUGCAUGCCUGUCAUCUCUGCACUUGGCAGGUUGAAACAGCAUUCUAGGCCAGCCUAGGCUACAAUCAAUGUUAAAACAAGGGUUGGGGACAUAGCUCGGCGGUGAUGAGCGCUUUACUUGUUAGCCCAGCAUGUGAAGGAGUCUCCAUUCCACUGCUAGCAUAGACCCUAGGAUGUUGACACUGACCCACAGAAGAAAGACAGUUUCUUUUCUGAUGGCCUUGUAAGGAUAGGAGUUGAAGGAGAAAUCAAAGAUAUAUUCUUUAAGACCGGCCUAAUAAUCAAAGGUAUAUUCUUUAAGACAUGCCUAUGGAUCUUUUUCCCUUCUUCUCCAGUGCUUGGGGGGCCUGGAGCCCCGGAAAUGCCAACAGCACAGAGCUGAUGCAGCCUCUUCCUGCUUUGUUUCUUUUCUGGGUGUAUGUAGAGUUGGUUUUAUGGAGGGGGAAGACGGGCUCCUGCUGUAUAGCCUGGGCUAGCCCCAAACUUUUAGCGCCUUUCAUGCCUUGGCUUCCUAUUUGCUGGGGUCACAGGUGUGCCUUCAUUCCCUGCUGAUUUCUUUUUUUAAUAGCUGAGACUUCCACAGAGCCCUGUUUGCCCCUGCCUGCAACACUGGAGAGCUGUGUUUCAAAUGAAUCAAUCCCUAGACUUUUUGGUGGUUGGCUUUAGUUGUGAUUCAAAAAUAGAAGUAGUUGGGAAAUGGGUUUUGAAAUGUAGUUGAGAACUUACGUGUCAGAACAGGGAUGCCAAUUCUACAGUGGCGACUGCACUGAGGGCUGUCCCCAUCCUAAAGGUACAAAGGCUGUGGCUUUCAGACAUAGGGUAAAGUGUUUAACAAUGAGUUAGAUCCCCAGGAAAAGCUAAGGUGCGAUGGUGUCACUUAGGUAGCUCUAGAACUGGGCAGGCUGGGCCAGAGUGCCUAGGUUUGCCCAGCUAGCCAGCCUAGCCUAUUUGGCGAGUUUGAGGUCAGAGAACCUAUUUUUGUCUUUUUAAAAAAGUGCCUAGCACCUAAGAAACAAA